AUGUAUCGGAAGUUGUCUAAGUUAGAACACUCGGAAAUAAAACAACUUCUUACAGAAGCUAAUAUAGAUGUUGCAAAACAUUACGCGACAAACAAAAAAUCACUCGCUGACAUCCUCAAUGACUACAAUGGUGAAAUAACUUAUGAUAGAAUUCAUGAGUUCAUAAAGCCGCAACGCGGCGAGAACGAAGUCCAUGCAAGAGCAUUUCCUUUAAAUGACGUUGCUAUUGACUUAUAUCAUAGACGUUCAGUACCUCAUGAAGUAAGAAGAGAAAUGUUUGACAUAACAAAUGCAAACGUUGGUCAUACUCGUAAAGCUCUUUCGCAUGAUGUUCGUCAAGAGAUGUUUGAACUUACGAACUCAAACGUUGGUGAAACACGAAAGAGAGACGACACACUGAAACAACAGAGAAGAGAGAUGUUUAAAAGUGCUAUAGAACAAGUUCGCAAAGCUAACGAUGUCCUUCGUUCCAUUGACGACAAACCAAAAGAAGGUGAGAGAUGGUUAAAGAAAGAUGAAGAGAAUAGGAAGAGGAAUGUGAAGUCAGGCAAUAGACUCAUUGACUUUAACAUCGAAGCUUUAGAUGAACCAAACAGAGACUACUUACACAAACAUUUCGGUAAGGUUUUCAUGAGACUCUUAGAGAAGAUUAAAAUAAACUCCCAACAAAGAUGGAUGGUAUGUUAUAAACUUGGUGGAAAGUAUGAAUGUUCUAC